ACUGAAGUUUUUGUAAGACUUGUUUCACUCACUAUGUAUUUGCACCUGAUCAAUUGUUUAGUUAAAUUUGGGUUUUAAUUGUUUAUUUUUUUAAAAAAAAGUUGUAUUUUUAAUUGUUCUACUGUACCCUGUCCCAUUCAUGAGAUGGACAGCUAUACAGAUUUGACAAAAAAAAGAGAAAUUGUUGGUUUACUUUAAUUUCUCCUACUAUAAAUUCUUUAGUCUUUCUUGGGCAUCAGCAGAUGGCUGUGGUCCAAGUUUUUUGUAUGAACAGAAUAAAGUAAUUAGUGAGUGAAAAAAAGGUGCAAAGAAAGAAAGAGAGGGAAAAAGGAAAGAAAAAGAAAGGAAAAGUUAUAGAGAAAUUGCUUCCAACCUUCACAGCAAUUAUAAGUACAUUUAUAUUUUACCUCUCUCUAAAAUGACAAUAUAAUUUCCUUUGUAGCAUAGCCUGUCCUUUCUAAUCAUCAAACCCCUCAAUCACGUUCAUUUCCCCCCAUUUUUUCAGGAAAAAAAAGUCUAUAGGGGAUUUCCAAUCAGUAAUAAAUGUAAUUAUUGUGUCUAAUCAACCAACUUCCUGUUUAUCUGUUAUUUAUUAUUAUUUUUAAGUCAGGAAGAAAGCCAUUCCUGUCACUUCUGCUCUCCUCUCUUUCAGCGGCCUGCCAAGAUGUGUGACCAAACCUUUGCGGUCAAUAUUUUUGGGCCGUGCGACAUUUGUAGCAAAGAGAAGGUUCUUCAACAAAUAUACUGUAAGUCGGAGAAACGCAGCUGCUGUGCGUUAUGCGUGAAGCAGAUGGCAACCGAAGGGCUGCAGGAGAAGGAGAGCCUGGCCGUGCUCAAGACCGAGGCGGAGAGCCUGAAGGGCAAGCUGGAGGAGGAGAGGGCCAAGCUGCACGACGUGGAGCUGCAUCAGGUGGCGGAGCGCGUGGAGGCUUUGGGACAAUUUGUGAUGAAGACACGGAGGACCCUGAAAGGCCAUGGCAAUAAAGUCCUCUGUAUGGACUGGUGCAAGGACAAAAGAAGAGCUGUCAGCUCUUCCCAGGACGGGAAGGUGAUCGUUUGGGAUGCCUUUACCACCAAUAAGGAGCAUGCGGUGACGAUGCCCUGCACAUGGGUGAUGGCAUGUGCCUAUGCUCCGUCUGGAUGCGCCAUUGCAUGUGGUGGUCUGGAUAACAAAUGCUCAGUAUACCCCCUGACCUUUGAAAAAAACGAGAACAUGGCCGCUAAGAAGAAAUCCGUCGCAAUGCAUACUAACUACUUGUCAGCUUGCAGCUUCACUAAUUCUGAUAUGCAGAUCUUGACUGCAAGCGGUGAUGGUACCUGUGCCCUCUGGGACGUUGAAAGCGGGCAGCUUCUACAGAGUUUCCACGGACACGGGGCGGAUGUCUUGUGCCUGGAUCUUGCUCCUUCAGAAACAGGGAGCACGUUUGUAUCGGGGGGGUGUGAUAAAAAGGCAAUGAUCUGGGACAUGCGAACCGGACAAUGCAUUCAGUCCUUUGAAACCCACGAGUCGGAUAUUAAUGGUGUCAGGUACUACCCAAGCGGAGACGCCUUUGCCUCUGGCUCAGAUGAUGCCACAUGCCGUUUAUAUGACCUCCGAGCAGACAGAGAGGUGGCCAUUUAUUCCAAAGAAAGCAUCAUCUUCGGAGUGUCCAGCGUGGAUUUUUCUCUUAGUGGACGUUUAUUAUUUGCGGGCUACAACGACUACACCAUCAACGUUUGGGAUGUCCUGAAAGGCUCUCGCGUCUCCAUUUUGUUCGGCCAUGAGAACCGCGUUAGCACGUUGAGAGUUUCGCCCGACGGGACUGCGUUUUGUUCUGGAUCGUGGGAUCACACUCUACGGAUCUGGGCUUAAGUAGCAGGGCAGUUUCCCAACAUGUAUUCGCCUAGGGAAUCAUAGGAUCACACACCCCACGGAACAUCCGUUUAAUGGGGGGGGGGGG